UUGAAAGUGUGGCGGGUGGAGAAAAUAAAUAAGAGAACAAGUGAGAAAUUCAGAAAGAAAACCCCAAACAUGUCUAGCACAUUAAAAGGGAUCACCUUGAAGGGGAGUUCAGAAAUCGUCGCUGAAUUCUUUUCAUUCGGCAUCAACAGCAUCCUGUACCAGCGCGGUAUCUACCCACCGGAGACGUUCUCCAGGGUCACUCAGUACGACCUGAGCCUGAUGCUCACCACCGACACCAAGCUCAAGAACUACCUGACCAACGUGGUGGCCCAGCUCAAAGAGUGGCUCUGUGAGUGUACGGUCCAGAAGCUGGUGUUGGUCAUCACCUGCCUGGAGACCAAUGAGGUUCUGGAGCGCUGGCAGUUUGAUAUCGAGUGUGACAAAACUGCCCAGGAAAGCAGUGCUCCCCGGGAGAAAUCCAUCAAGGCCAUCCAAGAGGAGAUCCGCUCGGUCAUCAGACAGAUCACAGCAACAGUCACCUUCCUGCCUCUACUAGAGACUGCCUGUGCGUUUGACCUGCUGGUCUACACAGACAAGGACCUGGAGGUACCAGAGAAGUGGGAGGAGUCUGGUCCGCAGACCAUCAGCCAAUCAGAAGAGGUCCGCCUGCGCUCCUUCACCACGUCCAUUCACAAAGUCAACAGCAUGGUGGCCUACAAAAGAACCGACUCCAUGUAGAACUCCCCCUAUGGGGGGGGGGGGGUGCUGGCCAAGGGAGAGGUGUUUGAAAUGAGUCCUGAUUAGAAAGGGCAUUGGAACACUGCAUCAUCAUCAUCAUCGUCGUCAUGGCCACAACACAGCGAUGCCGUCAGGAAAUGCCCCACAGGCCAUCCACCCCUCCUACCACAUGACCAAGCACUCUCCCUCUCUCUCUCCCAUCUUUCUCCAUCUCCCACUCUCUCUCUUCAUCUCACUCCAUCUCUUUCCAUCUCUCUCUCCAUUUCUCUGUUUCUCACUCUCCAUUUUUCUCUGUUUCUCUCACUCUCUCCAUUUCUCUCUGUUUUUCUGUCCGGAUUAUACUCCUACUCUCUCUCUCUCAUGUCUCUUCGGUCUGUUUUUCUGUCCUGAUGUAAAUAUUCUUAUCUCGGCUCUCCUCCGAUGUUCGAUGUCGGUCCUACUCAAACGGAACAGUUUUUGUUUUAGAGGUUCAAGGUUUUUUAUGAAAAUGUAAAGAAAUGUCUUCUUAGAGCAAUAAACGUCUCCUUUGUA